GACACGGGCAAGAUGGCGGCGCUGCGGCAGCCGGCGGCCCUGGGCGCCCGCCUCGCCCGCCUCCCGCCGCGGGGCCGCGCCGCCGCGCCGCCGCUGCAGCUCCGCAGGGCCUUCCGCCUCUCCGCGCCCGCCGCCAUACAGGUGACGGUGCGGGACGCGCUGAACCAGGCGCUGGAUGAGGAGCUGGAGCGAGACGAGCGCGUCUUCCUGCUGGGCGAGGAGGUGGCCCAGUAUGACGGAGCCUACAAGAUCUCCAGAGGUCUCUGGAAGAAGUACGGGGACAAGAGGGUGAUCGACACCCCCAUCUCGGAGAUGGGCUUCACUGGGAUCGCUGUCGGUGCUGCUAUGGCAGGAUUGAGACCAGUGUGUGAAUUCAUGACAUUCAACUUCUCCAUGCAAGCAAUCGACCAGGUUAUAAACUCAGCUGCCAAGACCUGUUACAUGUCUGCAGGAGCAAUCGCUGUUCCCAUUGUGUUCCGGGGCCCCAACGGGGCAUCGGCCGGCGUGGCGGCGCAGCACUCGCAGUGCUUCGCAGCGUGGUACGGCCACUGCCCGGGCCUCAAAGUUGUUAGUCCUUGGAGCUCGGAAGAUGCCAAAGGUCUGCUGAAAGCAUCAAUCCGGGAUGAUAAUCCAGUUGUGAUGCUGGAAAAUGAAUUGCUGUACGGUGUCCCCUUUGAAAUGUCUGAACAGGCACAGUCAAAGGAUUUCAUUGUUCCAAUUGGAAAAGCUAAAAUUGAAAGGGAAGGAACUCAUGUUACAUUAGUGUCACACUCAAGACCUGUUGGACACUGUUUGGAAGCAGCUGCUGUGCUUGCCAAAGAAGGGGUGGAGUGUGAGGUUAUAAAUCUGCGAACCAUUCGACCGAUGGAUGUUGAAACAGUGGAAGCCAGCGUUGUAAAGACAAACCACCUUGUAACCGUAGAAGGAGGCUGGCCACAGUUUGGAGUGGGAGCUGAAAUCUGUGCCAGGAUCAUGGAAGGACCUGCCUUUAACUACCUGGACGCCCCAGCUGUGCGUGUCACCGGCGCAGACGUGCCCAUGCCUUACGCAAAGAUUUUAGAAGAUAACUGCAUUCCUCAAGUGAAGGAUAUCAUAUUUGCAGUGAAGAAAACUUUGAAUAUCUAAGUUGUAAAUACAUGUUCUGUGGUCCUGCUUUACAAAAUAUUCAUGGUGUAGGGCAAGUUGUAUGCAUACCUUCUCUUGUAUAGCUACGUGAACUUUUUGUACAGUGGGGGAAGUACGGUGGCCUCCUGGAAUAUUUAUAUGGGGUUACUCGCUAAGCCACACAUUAUAUAAGCAACAAUGUGGUAGUGCCUGGUUGGUUGUUUAACAGUUCUGGUGGGUUAGUUGCUACUGUUCGGGGAGAAAUCCUCCAUUUCUGCUUGGUUUGUAAUUAUCAGAGGAGCUGCUGUUAAACCAGCUGUAGGGUGGCUGAGUGCAGAACUGCAGCGAGCACGAGGAGGCCAUGUCCUGCCCUAGCUGGUGUACAGCUCUCCAGGAGCCCAUGGGCAGCUGGCUUAUUCUGAAGCAAGUGAAGCUUUGCUUUUCAGUACAAUUACCUGUACACAGAGGCUGGGGAAGCCUGUGGUAUGGGCCAAGAGAUGGCUUAACGUGUUCAGUUGGGAGAUCACUCUGCUCAUGCAGAAAAGCUGCACAAGAGUUAAAGAUCCUGAUCCUCUUCACUAUGUGAUGGGAAACACUACCUGGUUUAUGUUCGCUAGCUACCACAUAUGGUGAUAAAAGAAAUACUUGCCCAGAUGUUUUGUAUUUAUGUUUGUUGUUGUUUGAGGUUUGGGGUUUUUUUAUCUUGUUGCACAGGCCAACAAUGGCAUGCUCAAACUAUAGUUCUUAACAGUGCAAAGUUCCUUUAUUCAGACUGAAACAGCAGUUGUGCAGACUGUGUUUGAAGGGCUGGUAAGCAGUGGGGGCAGGCUUGUGGCAGGGUACCAAGGCAAAGCUAAGGGGCCAGUCCUGGCAGGGAGAGCUCUGCCCUCCCCAGAGCAGGAGCUACCUGCAGGAGUCGGGGUGGUGGGACUCACGCUGUACCCUGGGCAGUCUGCCUUGGCCCUGAGCUGCUGGAGGGGAGAUCCUUACCUCUGCAUGCAGACUGAAGAACUUGGGUCCCUUUCAUCCAUAGGCCAGGAAUACCUCUCAGGGUACUUCCUUUAGCAGUAAAGUGCUGUCAGGCUUUGGGGAGGCUGGGCUUGAGGGUGCAAUCUGAGGCGAAUACACCCACCACCACUGCUGAAGGAAUUCCAUUAACAUUUUAAUAAAAAUGACUGAAUAUCACAGGUUACAUGAAA